AUGGCGAAGCGACCACACGAAGACAGUGAAGGCGCAAGGCCUCCCAAGAGAGUGAAGCCUGAACAGACACAACGUGCACCGGUGGUUGAAGAGGUGCAAUUUGCCCGCCAACUUCAAGAAUUUCUUGCUUUCAGGCAGGAUGGCGUCCAACAGCUGCGCAACGGUAUUGCGUCGUUCAAAGCCUUCUUAGAGAGCAUACUUUACCACAAGAAUGAGGACGAUCGUGGCCGAGAGCUGUCGAUUCUGCGCGAAUACCUGGAUUCUCAGAAGCCCAGUGAUCCGAAGAACCUGGAAGAUAGACCGUUUCUCAGCCAACUGUGGCAAGCCUGGUCUUUCGCCAAUCAGAACAACAAUGACUACCUUGCGUCCGCGGUCAGCGCGGUGGUUACACUCCUGCUGCGGACUUUGUCAAGUUUGCUAGACUUCCGCGACCACGGAAUCUUGCUUUGCCGGACUGUGCUGCAACAUCAGCACUUACGCCUCAUUAGACGAUGUCUAGAUGCCCCCAAGCACAAGGAUUUCGUUAUCUCUCCGUGUUUGCGGCUGCUUAUCGAAGUCGUGAGCUUUGAUGGUGGAGCCUUGUCCAACGAGGUAUACAAGCGCAGGGAGCAGACCUUCGAUACUAAUCAGUUGAGGCGCAAUCUGAGCCUUGUGAGGACUGAUGUCUCGGACGAGGACGCAAAACGAAGACCAUCAAUUCGUACGCUCACGCUGCGCUACGUCCUUGCACACCUAAAGUAUCUACACGUUGGAGGCAAGAUUGAUAUCCUUCGCAGUCGACCUCUAUGUGUUUCAGUCUUCCACAACCUUCCAGAUGAUCCCUCGGAUAUCGUCAACGAGCUGUUGGCUGUGACCGAGCAGCAUGUGCUGAACGACAGUGAGCUUCCAAAAUCAGCUAAAGCCACUCUGUUGGUCCAGCACAACCUUGAGCGCGUCGUGGAGGUUGCAAGUCGCUCACGGGCAGACCAUCCAUCUGCAGAUAGGGCCUUCGCAUGGCUGAAAGCAGUCUGCACUAAGUCUUCUUACGGCGCUCUCAGACCAAGCGGCUGGUAUCCAGCUGGCACAACUGCGCCUGACGAUACGCAGGCCAAUUCUGGCAGCCUUAUCGAUUUGGGGCUAGACAGCCUGGAUUUCUAUGACCGUCAUGACCGGCCAGAAGUUCGUAAUCCGACUUUACUUGGCUGGGCACAGACUCUCCGUCCUCACCUUGAUCAGAGAGAACGCGAGCUUGUGACAACGUGCUUUGAGGCUGCUCCAGAGUUGGUGGCCGCCUACUUCGAUGGGAAGAAUAUGCAGCUUGAGCCGAAGCUGUCGAACACCUGGAUCGGCUAUGCUUCGUUUUUGUUUGAGGUCAUCAGGCUUCCGACGCCGGCAUGGUUUGGUAAUACCGAAGCUGAAGGCUUUGCAGAGCUACCGCCUCAAACCCGCAUCAUCAUCGAGAACAUACUGCCUCGGCCACUAACGCAGAAGAUUCUGACAAGGUGUCUGAACCAGAGCAGUGACCUUAUCACCUUCUUUGCUAUUCGCUUGUUGAUCAUUGCGUUCCAGAAACUUAGCGGGAUCCUUGCAGCCAUGCGUGAGGCUAGCACUAGUGCGAAUGAGCGCAAAGCGCUAUGGCUCGAAGCAGAAGAGCGCCUUUUGACGAGGUUUAUGGAACGCUCACCUAGUAUGAAGGAUGUAGUUGCCGCUCUUCGCAAGAUGCCAGACGACGACCAGCAUGCGAUACAGCGCGAAGCCGUGACAAGGCUCCUCCGGCUUUAUUAUGAGGUCACCCCAGUGCAUGCUCUCGAAGAGCAGUUUGACGGUUCUGCUGCAUUGACUGCUGCUUUAGACCGUGAUGGCGAGCAAGCUGAGUUCAGCGAAAGCAAGGGCCUGAGAGGUCUUGAGCUUGAGCAUCUGCUGGUCAUGGCCAGGCACAAUCCUGGUAUGCGCUGGUUUGGCAAGCACGGUGGCCUUCAGUACUCGCCAAUCGUAAGCCUGCUUCGCAUUCAUAUGAACGCUGUACAGAAUAGCCAGAUUCGGCGGCUGCUCAGCCAUGUUCUAGAAGCUCACGAUAUCAUUGCUGACGACCGAGAGCUUGAGGCUCUUCUUGCAAGCUUCCUGAAGAUGGCCAAUGGCGAUGCUGGGUAUGCCGCGGUCUGGAUGUUCGUGGACGACUGCAUCGCUCGCGUCAGUAGACAGCCUGUGAAGUAUGUCGACCAACUCGAAGAGGCUAUAUCAAGUCACGAAAGCGGCUCACAGGAGCAGUUGAUGCGAGGCCUAGAAAGCUAUGAGAGCAGCAAUCGAGGCAGAAGCUUUCCCGGACUCCUAGCUGUUGCCGUUGUUGAGCAAGUCGCUUUCGUGACGGAGAAACCCAUCAUUGUCGCAUGGGCAUACCGCUAUAUGCAGUUCUUGAGACAUGGGAAGGAGACGUCAGUGUCACUACAAGCUCUGGGCCUGAGAGUGCCCCAUAUUAGGGACGGUAACGUAGAGACGCCGAUGAACAUGGAAGCGUUGCUUGAAGACAUCCGCUUGCAGCAUCCGGCCUCCAAUCUCCAACAUGACCGCACCGCUUCCACUGAAGCGCCGACGCUACCCUUUACAGCCCCAGCGCUGGAAUCUGACGACCAUCCCGAACUGCUGAGAUGGGCGCAGAAGGACCUUGGUCUGGCCAUCGAAGACGGCGACAUUGCCGCGCUCAUUCUUUGUCUUUGCAGUAAGCAUACAGAAGUCCGCCGGCAAGCGCACAUCCAGCUCUGCCUCCUCUUUGCACAGUUACGAGACGCUUCUCUGGAUGACGCGCCUCAGCUGAGUGUUCUCGUUGGCGAGCUGGUUGAAACGUUUGAGCAGCAGUGCUCGCCUGAAGAAAAGCCGCUACCGCACCUGGCAGGCACGUUCGCUACGCGAGCGCUAAAGGUUCUUGCCGAGCCGACUCAUUGCAUCUACCCAAAGCUGAACCGAUACAUGAACAAGAACCCCGAGUGGCGAAUCUUGCGCAUGCCGGCGCACUGGCUUAGCAACACCAUGUUGAGCCAGCCUACGGAGGACGAUGCAUACUGGAAGGAGGUACGCUGGGUAGUAGAGUGGCUUGUCGAAGGCCUGCGGAGUCCGACGGAUCUUGACAUUCUGCGGCGAAGCGGCACGAUUCAGAAGGUGAUGGCAUUGUACAGCUCGCCUGCCGCGGAGAGGUUGAAGUGGUUGAGGGAGACGGUCAUGGAGAUGCUGUAUCGCACUACUUGUAUUGAUGGAGGGAGUACGACGCUAAUUACGAGACUUGGUGUGCUCGCCUGGCUUGAUAUGGUCGGAGAUGGUGAUGGCGUUGCUGGGCUCUUGAAAGCUCGGAUAUUAGAGACGGCUGGGAAGGAGAGGGUUGAGCGGUGGAGUGGAAUGUCAGUAGAGCACUUAUAG